AUGGCAGGGGUCGCUGUUGCAGAGAAUCCGAAAAAGAAAGCUCGGCUGACUGGAGCCAUGGCUCGUUACAGUGAAAAGAGUAUUCACGACAUAAGCCGGCUGCUUGAAGGGAAAGAGCACAAGUCUCAGCCUAGCGGUGCUGCCAAGCGUCGCAUGCGCGAGGCAAUCGCUCCUGUAUGUGCAUGUUACGAACAAGUAACGGCACCCAACAAAGAUCCAUCGCAGCCAGAUGUUCAAUGGGCGUUUGCCAAUGUCAGAGCGCUGUUGCGCUGCAUGGCCCCGUCGUGCCCCUCCUUCGUGACUUUCUUGCAGUCGCAGGCACAACCGCUGCGCUGCAUCCUCAGUCAUGACGAGUGCACGGCAGGCAAUGUGCUGGCCACAGAACAAAGACAAAAGGUAACGCUAUGUUACUUGUCUUUGGAAUGCAUGGCCAAGUGGGGUGACUCGCCCACUGCAUGGCUACCCAUAUCGGCUAUCAGCCACGCCCAGGUCGCGAACACGCGCGGGGGCAUGGGGAACGUGCACCGAAGGCUGAUUGAGGCCUGGGCGCAACAAAGCCUGGAAGAACCAUUCGAGCUGGUGCCCGGCGUCUCCAUUAGCCUGGUGCUGAGCUGCAUGGUGGCAGACCAUGAUGCGCAGCGUGGGUCGCUGUGCGCCAAAGGCUCAGCGGGACUGAAGCCGUGCGCUUUUUGCAUCAACUGCAUUGCAAAAAGCGCACAGGGCACAGCUGAAAAGGAUGCGCAGUUUCGCACGAUUGCGGAAAGUGACAUGUCUCUGUUUCAGCAGCAUUCGACGGAAGCGCUGCGGCAAUUUAUUUGCAAAGCCUUGCAGCACCCAAAAAGCAAAGCUGAACAUGAGCUGCAGGAGCGAGUGCUGGGCUACAGAAUUGAAAGAAACAACAUGUGGAUGUCGCCCACUUGCCUGCAAUGCUUGCCAUUGGAACGGUACGUGAACGAUAGCAUGCACUGCUACUUCAGCAAUGGCAUUUGCUCUGUGGAAAUAGCUUUGCUGCUUGAUGCGGUACAGACCGUGACCAAGAAAACGAUUGCGGACAUCAAGCGUGCGGUGUUGGACGCGGGAUGGCUGCGGCACCGCAGCCAUAGCCGCCAUGGAGAAAACCAAUACUGGACUAAGGCGCUCAACCUGUGCCCCACAAUGUGGGGCACGGAAAGUAAGCACAGAGACUACAAGGGCCUAUUUGCGGCCAACUUUCAACAAUGGCUUACUGAAGAACUGGGUGGCAGCGCUUUCUCCACGCGGCUGUUGCCGCGCCUUGCCUUGCGUCACAUGGAAAUGUGGAAUGAAAGGCCACUGGCCGCUUCAGGCUACAGCUUGGACAAAGCUUUCCCUGAAAGCGAAGUUCUCAAGGAAACGGAUCUCACCGGAGUGGUGAUCGCCCCCAAAUGCCGCAUAGGCUUGUUGGACUUGCAAGAAGGAGAUAUCAUUCUGUGGGGUGCUUGCGAAAACGCAGGGACAUGCCAUUGCUUUAUAGAAAGCAACUCUGAGCUGUAUGUGCUCCUCAGCCAAUACGCAUACGUCAGCGGCACGGAAUCACUCAGGCGGUCAAAAUGCCCACCUGUCGACACGGGGCACAUGGAUGAGCUGCUGCAAAGUUAUGUGAAAAAGAAGGGUAUAGCUGCUUCCUUCGAGUUGGGCCGCUACAGUGCCCUGCAGACACAGAAUGCUAUCAAUGGCUCUGCGCUGUCGAAGCUGAAAGAGUUGGUAGGUGUCUUGAUGAAGUUGGAGACGGGCCUGCACUUCAAGUUUUCAGACUUGAAGGGGUCCUUGCGGAGGUGCUGCCUACAGUUUCCGGAGUUGAGGUACAAGAUGGGGGAAAGCAAGAGGUGUGACUAUGAGGGAACCAUGGCUUCUGCCUUGCUUUGUGUCUGUGCGCAUACCAGGCGCCUGAAAGACUCAACAAGAUUCCGGGAGGCUUGCUCAAAGUGCACAGACGACGAAAAGAAAGAGCUCUUGGAGAUGAAGAAGUGGCUUAGUGGAGAAGAAAGCGAAGGAGAGGACCAAGAAUCUGUGGCUGGUUCCAUAGAGCUUCCAAGCUUGCCAGCAACGCCUUUGAUGGCAACACCGAAGAAGAGAAAGGCAGUGGCCUCGGCCACGCCAGAAGAGAAAGGACAGCCUGACUUGGAUGAGGAAGCAGAAAUGGCGACCCCACUGCCUUCCAGAAAGGCAAAGCUGAAGGAGAAAGUCCUGAAGAGGCCUGCAGCUGUUUCACCGCAAAAGAAACCAGCAGCUAAGAAGGUUGAGAAAAAGAUGGAAGGCAAGAAGAGCUGGGUUCUGAUGCACUACAAGAGAAGCAAGGUCAGAAAGAGUGAUGCAUGGGCUGUUCGCCAGUGUGGGGGCUCGCAAUUGUUUCAAAUGGUGUGUUCAAAAGACAAGAAUGCGGAAGGCAUUUGCAAGCAGGCUGUGAAAAAGUUGGAAGAUGGAGAUUCGCCUAGGAAAGUCAAAGAAUGGGCAAAGGCUCAGUAA